AUGUCGUAUCCACUGAAUGGUGAGGUUUAUCUUGGGCGUCAACCCGAAAAAUCAGCUGCAACUCAAGCUACGAAUCGUAUUAGUAAUCUGGUGAAACGACUGGUGCAUCCAUGGAUCAACACUGGCAGAACAGUCACCACAGAUAACUAUUUUACCAGUGUAGAAUUGGCUGAAGAUCUAUUGGGAAUGAAUACUACUCUUGUUGGAACAAUGCGACGAAACAAGAAAGGAAUUCCACGUGAGCUUCAGCCUGAUCGUCAACGUCCUGAAGAAUUAUCAAUAUUUUGUUUUGAUCGACAACUAACAUUGGUUAGCUAUGCACCAAAAAAACGACAUGCUAUGAUUCUACUGUCUUCGAUGCACCAUGACAAGGUUGUCGACAAUGAUCAAAAAAAUAAACCCGACAUUAUUUUAUAUUACAAUGACACAAAAGGUGGCGUCGAUCGGAUGGACCAAAUGGUACAAACUUAUUCAUGUAAGCGAAAAACGAAAAGAUGGCCCAUGACUUUCUUCUUCAAUGUACUCGAUGUUGGAGGUAUUGCUGCUUUUGUGGUGUGGAUUACCAAGAAUCCUCAAUGGAAUGAAAGAAAACGACAUCGUCGACGUUUAUUUUUAAUCUAA